AGUUCAUCAUUUUACUAUCGGUUAUUGUUGCUCGCGGUUGCCACACCAAUAAGUGGGAUAGGACGGAUAGGAAUCUACAGUCCAGUGACGACGAUAGCGGAGCGAGUCGGGGAGGACUGGAGGGUAGCACUCCCAGCUGUUGAGAGGGUGGUGUGCGAUAACAUUCACACCGCGUGAGAGACGAGGAGCACACUUCCGCAUCCGUUUGCUGCUGGUUCCGUUUGUCGACAACCUCAGGACGUGGAGUCUUGUGCACCGAGAAAGGACUUAUUGGUUUUGCGCUCGCUCAUGUGAAAAGGUUAAAAAGGCGAGCAAACAACUGUAUCUUUGGCAGAGACUUCCCGAACGGCGAGGCGCCGCUUUUGUUCCGAAAACAUAUAGUUGGGAGUGCAAACAGUGGUGUAGUGAAUAGUGUCAAAAGGAAUUGGGAAGUGUGCUAACAAAACCUGCGGCAAGUGGAAGUGCUGUUCGUGGUUCCGGUUGGAAAGUGAAUGCAUCAAAAUGAAUAAGUAUCUCAUGGGAAGACUGUUAAUCUGCCUUUUGGUUAUGUUCGUGGCUAGUGCUCAAAGUGCUAGCAGUUACUUCUACGACUCUGAGGAACCUUAUGGUGGCAACAUGCUGGACGGGGCCGAUUCAACGGAAGAAGCAGACAAAUCUUUUGCAGACGACAGCUUAAUGGACAAUAUAUUUCGACAAGGUGCCGACAAACGCGCCGGCUCACUGAUCCACGUCUACCGGAGGUCCUGCAUCCGGCGAGGUGGAACCUGUGAACACCGAACGAACGACUGCUGCUACAACAGUUCCUGCCGGUGUAAUCUCUGGGGCUCCAACUGUCGGUGUCAACGGAUGGGUCUAUUCCAGAAGUGGGGAUGAAUGACCUACCGUCGACUUUCGUACAGCUGCACCGGUUGUGACUUCUCGGACUUGGACCCCCGCUGGGGAUGGUGGCUUUUGGCGUUGAGGGCGGAACAUAAACACGGAAAGCAUCCAUCACCCUUGGGUCCCGUAUUCGGGUCACUACUGUUCUUGGUUAUCGGACUGACAACGCACUCGUCUUCUGGCUGCUGAUUCACGGAACACGGAUUGAAUUUUCUUCUGCGAGCAAAUAACUUCGAGGACCUACGGCAACAGGACACUUAUGGCAAACCCGGACACAAAUGCUACAAAAAAAAACCGAGUUUGGUAAAAUACUGUAUUUUAUGGAGAAAUCUGGUUCAUGCGCUAUUUUCUGAGCGGGUUAAAGCUGAGCUCAACGACGGAGGAGACAUUUGUAGAAAUAUUCUGACUUUUUAGGUUUUUAGGGAUGAGUGAUUUUACGGUUAUGUUUGUGGUGAAAUUCUAGUCUGACGGUCAAAGCUUUAGUUGAAACUGAGAAAUGAGGUAUGUUUUACACCUGAAUGACAAGGAAUACACUAUUUAAUGAUAAUGAUAAUAAUGAUAAUGAUAAAUGAUAAUAACUAUUAUUACAUAAAACAGAGAGAGAAUAUUGUCUAGGUUAUUCAGAUCAUUCUUUAAUGUUUUAGGGCCAUAAGUUGAGUGAAAGUCGAUGCGACAUAGAUUACCUUAAAAUUCAUCUAGAGCAGCUAAAGAAACAACAAAGAAUUAUAACGAGGCAACUUAUUAUCAAUUAUUCGACGCUUUAAAGUUGUUUUCCACAAACAUACACAGAUACACAUUUGAAGCCCAGGAUGACUUCGACUUUGUGAAAUCGUGUUGAAUGUAUUCUCUGAUGUCCAGUGGAUUUUGAUACGACUAAUUUAUUCGCUGUUUGUGUAAUGGAGACAGAUGGAUAAUCAACCACUAAUAUAUACAAAGAAGAAAUAUGACGAUAGUAGCAGCAGCAGCGUAGAAGAUGAUGAAACAUCUCAGAAGGAAGCUGUAAGAGAAACUAAUUAAUUAGGAGUAAUCAUUGCAAGCUGGAAAGUGUCCGGAGCACAGUUCUCCUUGGUCUUCGGGGCAGACCAUCGUCCGGCAGCUCAAACGUUUCCCAGCCUUUUAAAACGAACGAGUAUUGCAGAGCACCAAUGGAGGAAAGUAUUCCGCAUGCAUUUUCCCACUUGUUGUACGCAUAACUAUUUGAAUAAAAAGUAAUACUAACGGAAACGUGCGAUAAGCUUUGAGCACAUUUAUCAGA